AUGAGGCCUGUGGGGGCAUGUGGGGGCGUUUUGGGGAGUGUGGGUGCGUGUGGAGGCCUGUGGGGGUGUGUGAAGGCCAGUGAGGGCGUGUGGAGGCCUGUGGGGGCGUGUGGAGGGCGUGUGGGGGGCGUGUGGGGGGCGUGUGCAGGCCUGUGGGGGCGUGUGGAAGCCUGUGGGGGCGUGUGGAUGCCUGUAGGGGCGUGUGGGGGCGUGUGGGGGCCUGUAGAUGCGUGUGGAGGCGUGUGGGGGCGUGUGGAGGUGUGUGGAGGUGUGUGGAAGCGUGUGGGGGCGUGUGAAGGCGUGAGGGGGGUGUGGAUGCCUGUGGAGGCGUGUGGAGGCAUGUGGGGGCGUGUGGAGGCGUGUGGAGGCAUGUUAGGCCGUGUGGAGGCGUGUGGAGGCCUGUGGGAGCGUGUGGAGGCGUGUGGAGGCGUGUGGAGGCAUGUGGGGGCGUGUGGAAACGUGUGGAGGCCUGUGGGGCGUGUGGAGGCGUGUGGAGGCGUGUGGGGACGUGUGGAGGCGUGUGGAAUCGUGUGGAGGCCUAAAGCAACCUACCCCAUUGGUGGAGCAGACCCCAUUGGUGGAGCAGACCCCAUUGGUGGAGCACACCCCAUUGGUGGAGCAGACCCCAUUGGUGGAGCAGACCUCAUUGGUGGAGCAGACCCCAUUGGUGGAGCAGACCCCAUUGGUGGAGCAGACCCCAUUGGUGGAGCAGACCCCAUUGGUGGAGCAGACCUCAUUGGUGGAGCAGACCCCAUUGGUGGAGCAGACCCCAUUGGUGGAGCAGACCCCAUUGGUGGAGCAGACCCCAUUGGUGGAGCAGACCCCAUUGGUGGAGCAGACCCCAUUGGUGGAGCAGACCCCAUUGGUGGAGCAGACCCCAUUGGUGGAGCAGACCUCAUUGGUGGAGCAGACCCCAUUGGUGGAGCAGACCCCAUUGGUGGAGCAGACCCCAUUGGUGGAGCAGACCUCAUUGGUGGAGCAGACCCCAUUGGCGGAGCAGACCCCAUUGGUGGAGCAGAUCCCAUUGGUGGAGCAGACCCCAUUGGUGGAGCAGACCCCAUUGACCCCAUUGGUGGAGCAGACCCCGUUGGUGGAGCAGACCCCAUUGGUGGAGCAGACCCCAUUGGUGGAGCAGACCCCAUUGGUGGAGCAGACCUCAUUGGUGGAGCAGACCCCAUUGGUGGAGCAGACCCCAUUGGUGGAGCAGACCCCAUUGGUGGAGCAGACCUCAUUGGUGGAGCAGACCCCAUUGGUGGAGCAGAUCCCAUUGGCGGAGCAGACCCCAUUGGUGGAGCAGACCCCAUUGGUGGAGCAGACCCCAUUGGUGGAGCAGACCCCAUUGGCGGAGCAGACCCCAUUGGUGGAGCAGACCCCAUUGGUGGAGCAGACCCCAUUGGUGGAGCAGACCCCAUUGGUGGAGCAGACCCCAUUGGUGGAGCAGACAUCAUUGGUGGAGCAGACCCCAUUGGCGGAGCAGACCCCAUUGGUGGAGCAGACCCCAUUGGUGGAGCAGACCCCAUUGGUGGAGCAGACCCCAUUGGCGGAGCAGACCCCAUUGGUGGAGCAGACCCCAUUGGUGGAGCAGACCCCAUUGGUGGAGCAGACCCCAUUGGCGGAGCAGACCCCAUUGGUGGAGCAGACCCCAUUGGUGGAGGAGACCCCAUUGGCGGAGCAGACCCCAUUGGCGGAGCAGACCCCAUUGGUGGAGCAGACCCCAUUGUGGAUGAUGACGUUUUUAUUCAGGUUAUGAGAACAUAA